AUGCCCAGGCCCCUCCCGCUCCCGCACCAAAACUACUUCGCACCCCCUUUCUACGGCCGGCCACCAACGCCGCUCCCGCCAUCACCAUCGCUAACGUCAUUGCUACGACCCUCGCGCCCAAACACACCCGACGCAAGCGACGACGAGAUCGAGCCGGUGCCCCGCGCGUCGCCGCAGGUGCCCACGUACGAAUACUAUGGCUUUGUGCUGUACCUUUUCAGCUCGCUCGUCUUUCUGAUGUACUUGCUGUGGUCAUACCUGCCAUCGCCCUUCCUCCACGCACUGGGCAUCUACUACUACCCGAACCGCUGGUGGUCCCUCGCGAUCCCGAGCUUUCUCGUCAUGCUCAUCGUGUACAUCUACGUCGCGCUCGCCGCGUACAACACGGAGAUCCUCACGCUGGCCAUGAGCAGCAUCGAGACAGUCGUCGACGAGGCGUCCAAGAUUGCGGCCGUCGACUCGAGGGGCCGUCUCAGACCGGGAGGGGCAAGUGCUCAGACAGAGUGGAAGCCGAUCCCGGAGGAGAAGGCGAGAGGCCUGCGGUGGAGGGAGAUCUGGAAUGUAGGCACUGAUGCUGUAAUGGACGUCCCGCUGGCUGGUGUCUGUGAGGUGUUGUACGACGAUGUGUCUGACGACGAGGAUGCCUUUGGCGAUCUGGUAGAUACAUGA